AGUGUAAACCAAAGAUGAUGAAAAUUAUCCAGGAUUCAAACACUCAAUUUUGGAGAAGUUCUUACAACUUAUCUUCAAAUUUUCCAUCUAUAAGACACAUUGCAUUAUGUGCAUCUUUGCACUGAAGAAGCAAGUCUGGAGGAGUAACUAUGGUUUAUCUUGUGAACAAGGUGGCAAGUAUGAAAAUGGCUGUCUUCUAUGUUCCUGCACUGUGUAAUAUGGUCCAUAAUGCAUAUUUUAAAGAGAGACUAUUGUAUGGGCAGAGUCAUGGACAUAUGCUUUGAUAGAGGAAAGUGAACUAAACCAGCUGAGUUUAAAUUCCUGAGGGGAAUAGUGCAGGAAAUAGACUGAAAUGGUCUGAAUAUGGAAUGUAACGUAUAUGUGCACAUUUGUCUUGCCGCUUCUUUUAUUUGCAGUUGCCGUCACUGAUGGUGCCUACGUUGGUAUUAAUCGGUAGACGAUGGUGCUGUAACAACACUCUACGAAACAGAACAAUUCUGAUCGCGCGUAACAUCAUGUUGAAAAACGAAAACAUCUGAAUAGAGCUUCGCGUUUUGAAUUUGUUGUAUGCGUUAACAUGUAAUCCGUGGUAAAAUUUAAGAUAUGUGCUUCAUUUUUAAUUUUGCAGGCUUUGCUGUGAGAUGUGCUUAAAAAUGUUUAGAAAGGUCUCAUCCGUCAUGCAUAAUAGUUACAGUGUGACAAAAGUUUUGCAUAAACAUUUGAAAGUGCUUGUAAUUUUUUGCCGUAGCACGAAUUCUGUAACAACGCCUGGAUUAAUUUUGAGGAAUAGGAAUUCUUCGACGGAGAUUGGUGUACAGACUGAUAUCAAGCAGAAUACUGCAACUGGGAGUGAACAUGUGGUCACAAAUGAGGUUACAUCAAGUGUUCAUAGUAACAUAAAUACGUCUAAGAAAAAAUAUUCGAAAGAUGUUUUAGAGUACUUGAAUUCUAAAGAUUAUCUGAAGCCUGUUUUGUGUUCCUUCCCUCAGAAGCUUCUGAAACGCAGGAAAGUAGCCCCAGAUGCUCUGUAUACUGUAGAUAGAGAUGUUGCAAAGAAUCUGGUUGAUCAAAUUGCACAGGAUAUUGUGAAAGGAGGAGCUCCAGUGUUUGAGGUAAAUCCAGGCCUUGGGUUUAUAUCCAGGGGGCUUCUGGCUGCAGGUAUUCAAAGAUUGUGGCUGUGUGAAUCGGCAGUAUCAUUUGCUCAACAGAUGAAGGAAUUGCAAAAUGAAUUCCCGGAACGAGUCAAAGUUUUAAAUAAGGAUUUAUUUAUGUUAGCGAAACUGGCUUACCAAGAUAAUAUGGAUGGUGGUUCGCGAGUCCAGAGCCUCUUUCACGGAGUACCCAAAGCAGAGUGGGAGGACGAUCCCGUAAUGAAAAUAAUUGGUGUGUUGCCAUCCUUGUCAUUCAUCAAACAUGUAAUUCAGAGCCACGUGUUCCAAACUGGCAUUAUUGCAUAUGGCAGACCAGAGUUUUACUUUAUUAUGUCGCCAGCUCAGUAUUUUUACUUGACUUGUCGUCCUGGAGAUGGCUACUUCUUUUAUAGAUCCACUAGUAUACUUUUCCAACUGAUAUUUGAAUGGAAUUUGCUUGAAAAGCUUCCACGUACAGGAUUUUUACCCUGGGAAGCUAAACAUUCUAUCAAAAAGUGGUCAAAGCUGGUGAAGGUACAGACUAUUGAUCCAGACUUCAUGUACCUUGUGAAGAUUGUUCCACGACGAGAUUUCUUCCGAACGGUUGUUUCAGCAGACCAGCUACAACCGCUCUGGUUCUUUGUUCGUCAUCAUUUGAGAAGUCGAAAGAAUCGAGUCAUACCUCAACUAGAGAAAUGGAUUCCUGGGUGUGGCCCUCGGAUUAUUAUGGAUGGGAUGACGAUCUUCACGGAGUUUGGUGAUCUGACUCCGCAGGAAAUAUUGUCGGUAUUUCAGAAGUUUGUCAGCUGGCCAGAAUAUCCUGAAUGUCCAUUUCUUGCUUCAAUGGAGACCACGUUCAUGAAGAUGGAAUCAGCCACUUAUAAUAUUGAAAAGGAUUCUGACGAUGAGAUUGAGGAAGUUGAUGAACAAUCAUAGAUCUGAGAUGAAGGAAGAUGCUGAAAGCCGUGACUUUCGGAAGUAGUCAUUUCAUCGUUGUAUUAAAUAUUUUUCUUACAUAUGUAAAAUAUUAACAUUGCUUAAAGCA